UUGAAUUUAAUAUUUUUGUGGUUGUGCUUCUGCUGGUUUUAGCCAAAGAGGGUUUCUCACAGAGACGAGAGGGGAGACGAUUUUCUGAAACCCGAGUCUCACACACAAAACACUGAACACAGAGAGUUGAGAACUUCCAAAUUCAACGUUAAAACUUCGAUCYUAUCUUCCAAUUUCUUCGCUUCUGACUUCAUCCGAUCCGCUUCCAUGGAUCCCUUCGAUUUGUUCCGGAAAGGAUUUGGUUGAGGCUACAAAAAGUUGAGCUUUUCCCUACAGAUUUUUUCAAAAUUAAUGUGAGCAUUAUAUUUUGGUAUUAGCAAAUAAUGAACGUGUCCAAGAAAGGAAUGCAAACCAACGAGGCAAAACAAAACACUGUGAGCAAGGUGACAUCUUUGAAUCCCAAUGCAGCCGAGUUUAUUCCCUUCGCCCUCAGAGCAUCUCCAGUUGGAAGUAGUAGUGCGCCAGAUUUGACAGCAAGGUUUUCUACUUCUGGGACAUUAGGAAAAGCAGUUCUAGAUCGGACUGAGUCAUCUGUAUCAAAUAAWUCUGAUGAAGAGGCCCRUCAAUUCUGGAGGCAUCAGCUCCCUGAUKAUAUUACUCCUGAUUUCRAGUCAAUGGGAGAAGAUGAGAAUCUCUCUCUUKGAAAUAUUUCRUUGKCUGGCUUAUCCUUGCAUGAUGACAGUGAUGCCYCYUUAUUUUCUGCUUCUACUGGCAGURAAUAUUUGUUGAAUGAUCAGCAGGAUUCAAAUCUAAAUCCCUAUAAUGGCAGUCAAUUUACUGAUAAGUUUAGAUUCUCUUCUGCUUCGUAUGGGGAAGAUCAAUCUUCAGCUAGUCUUUUUCAAAUUUCAAAUAAACCAUKGCAGAAGCCUGUUCUUAACAAUAAUCAUCCUGUUAGCAAUGAACGACACCCUUCUUAUCUUGGCAAUUCUGGGAGGGGAUUAGCUAUGGAUGUCUUGAGUGAGCAAAUAACCAUGGAUGAAAGUGAUAUGAUGAACCCUGUUGAGUUUUUGGCUUUGCAGUUCCCUGGUUUUGCUGCUGGCCUUGCAGAAGUUUACUUUGCCAACGGAGGUGACUUAAACCUGACUGUUGAGAUGCUUACUCAAUUAGAGCUUCAAGUUGAUGGUGGGAUAAGUCAAAACCUGAAUCCCAAGACAAUGUCUGCCCCCAAUCUUACUGCAAUGGACUUUCCCGCACUUACUGUAUCCAGUGGUCAAAAUGGUCAUCCAAAAUUUGAUGAUCUCCAACAAAGUGCCAACCCGUAUCUCUCUUCUGAUAAAGAUAGCAUGAUUUUCUUCAAAUCCAGCGCUGUUCCAUCCAGAGGUGCUGCAGACUUUGCUUCUACUAUCAGGAAAUUGGCAUCUCAGGAUUCUGGUAUGUGGAAGUACAAUGGAAACGGUUCUGCUGAUGACUCUAUUGGCUCGAGUAGAAGUUCUCAUACAUUAGCUAGCAAAUACACGAGUGGUCAUGGGAAAGACACCUAUAGUGAGAGGUUGCUACAGCGAGGUUCAGCCCAGGCUGCUCCGGUUUGGCUUGAAACUGGUGAAGCAGUUGCAAACAUGUAUUCUGAGCAGCGGGAGGAAGCACGUGAUMAUGCUCGCCUGCGAAAUGCAUAUUUUGAACAGGCACGACAAGCAUACCUCAUCGGUAAUAAAGCUUUAGCAAAGGAGCUAAGUGUGAAGGGUCAGUUACAUAACAUGCACAUGAAGGCAGCUCAUGGAAGGGCCCAAGAAUCCAUUUAUCGCCAGAGGAACCAAAUAGGCGCAGAUGCUCAGGGAAAUGGGAGGGGACAGGAACGAAUGAUCGACUUGCAUGGGCUGCAYGUGAGCGAAGCGAUUCACGUUCUGAAGCACGAGCUGAGCGUGCUGAGGGGUACUGCCAGGGCCUCGGGACAACGUCUGCAGGUUUAUAUUUGCGUUGGAACAGGGCAUCACACCCGGGGUGCCCGCACUCCUGCCAGACUUCCAGUAGCUGUACAGAGAUACUUGAUCGAAGAAGAAGGCCUCGACUUUAGCGARCCGCAACCAGGGCUGCUUAGAGUUGUGAUUUACUGAGCCAGGGAGUGAGAGGAGGAGAGCACAGUGAAGUGUAGGAGUUUUUUUAUAAUUUUUUUCUUCUUUUUUUGACUAAAAAAAAAAAGAGCCAUGAAAUCAUACUUGUGAUAGUCACCAUUGUUGUACGGUAAAUGGUUAGAGUUGGGGAAAAGAGUUAUUCAGGCCGAAACCAAAAAAAAGAAAAGAGAAAAAAAAGAGAGAGGGAAGAAGAUAAAGAAUUAGGAGAAGAAAAUGAAGAAGGGAAGAUGAAGAAAGGUGAGAAAAGUAAGUAGAAUUGUAUCAAGUUUGAUCGGUUGACAGGGGUUUAACAUUUCUUAGCCCUGAAAUCGGCAUUCUCUUGCUACUUUGUUUUUUAAGGUUUACAUUGUACCUUAAAUUUUUGUCAGUUGUUUUUUCUUACUCA